AAAUAUCCCAAAAUAAAGAUGGCAGCGGACAAAAGUUGAAAAUAAAAGUCUGUCUUGAAGAACGCUCGUUCAGUUCAUCGUCAUAGAUUCACAUUUAACAUAUAAUCUAUUUAGUGUAAAACUUUACAACUGAACCACAAAAGAUGACAGAGAACACUGAAGAAAAAAUCAAACUUCCAGACCACACCCAGCCUUCUGAUUAUAGUGAUGUUCAUCCAAAGACUUAUGAUCCAGAAUUUAUAUCACAGAUUAGCAGCAAGAUGCAAGUACCAGACAGAAUAUCUGUGGGGUCCCAUUAUGAUACCAGAGAAAAUGGUUAUGUGAACUCAGAAAUAUCUGCAAAUUUUGCAGCAAUGUCUGUACCAGAUCGGAUCAUCCUUGGAGCGGAGGUUGAGUUUAAUGGAAAUAGUGAAGAAGAUGGUGAUGAAGCAAGUGUAAAAGAUCACCCAUGGGAUAGGGACCCAUACCAACAGUGCUCUGUUAUGCAUGUGCCAUAUACACUUGUAGUGGGUGGUCACGAUUCCACAACAAGGGAUAACCACCAUAUAGCAUUGAAACAGGACCUUGACCUAGAUUUGCCAAGCAAUGCCCACCUGCAUGAUAUGUCCUAUGUUGGUCUGAUCACACCCCCAAGAACAUUAACUCUGGAGGAAAGAUUCCCUGUUGUUGAAGAGACAGAUGACCAAAAAAUGAUGGCUGGAAACACAGGUGCCAGUAAAGUAAAGUUAGGUGCUAAUGGACAUAUAGCUGGUCCAGUACCUUAUGAUCCUGGUGUUAAUUUGAAUGAUUCUGUUCUGCUUAAUGAAGAAAAUGAGGCCACACUUUUAAGGACACAGGUAGCCAAGUUGACCAGGCGUGUACAGGUGAUAGAGCAAGACAAUCAGAGGAGGGCUGGGCGGGAACUGGUUAUGUAUCCCAUCAUUCUCGGCUAUUUCCUGUGGAAAUUCUUAGGCUGGCUGACAAGGGACAGAUGAGCAUGUAUUUGGAGCCAUGUGAGGUGCACAGCUUGAACUGAAUAGUGAGCUGUGCUUAGUGAUAUAGGUGGAUAAACUUAGUACCUUUAAUGGUUUUCCCUUUCCUUAUUUUUUGUAUCCAUUGGCCUGGUCGGAUAUAAACUGUUGCAUUUUUUUUAUGUCCUUUUACCAUGUUGAUUCAAAUACCUAAUUAUCGUCAAUUUCUUGUUAUUUAUUAAGUUCUCAAGAAUUUGAUUUCAACAUGGGUAUGCCUAGUGAAUACAUUUUUUGUAAUUUAAAUCUUAAAUUUUAUGGAAGUUGUAAAUAAUACAAGCAUUUUAUGUGUAAAUUAGUAUCAUAUAUUUAGGUCUGGCUUUACAAUUAAAUAUUUGUAUCCCAAUGUCACUUUCAGUGGGGCAAAACUUAUUUUCCAUUUAUAUUAUCAUUAAUAUGUAAUAUAAGAAAACAUUAAGAAGGAGAGAUUUGUUAAGAAAUUCACUCUUGCUCAUUUGUAUGCAUGGAGAUUUUCUGCUUAGAAUUUUUAAAAACAAAAUAUGUAUGUCAUGGUAUUUAGUUCCUUUACAUAUAUUAUAUGUUAUAAAAGCACAGAAAAAUAAUGUACUUAUUUUUAUUAUUAUAAGUUCUAGCAAAAAAAAUAAAUUAAAAUGAAUUUAAGUGAAAAUAGAAUUGAACUGUUUUGAAUGUAACUUUAAUUUAAAAAAAAACAACUAAAACAACUUAAAGUUAUAAAAAUAAUAAUGAUUUUAGCUAUUUUACUUUUCAGCCAUUCUGUUUUGUACACAUUAGUUGCAAUAUUAAUGUGGCCUGACGUUUUUUGUUCCUCCAGUCUUUCUAAUUGAUAUUGAAUGUGUGUGUUCUUGUCUACAAGGAGCGAGGUGUCCAGAUUUUUUUACUUUGCCAAUGCUAUCUGCAAUUUGUGCACUUGAGGAUUGAAGUGUCCAGAUUAAUUUUUUGACUCUCAGAUAUAAUGUUUUGACAAGAUAUUUUGAAUGAAAUUAAUGUGCAUGUCGGCUUUUAAUCACAUUGAAAAUACUGAAUUCCUUAAGUGGCUUAAAACUUGUAAGAGUAUAUAGUAAACAUUAAACAAAGAAUGCUAUUUUGUUUUAAAAGAUUAAGUAUUUUAAACAACUAGAUAAAACAUUAAAUGUUUCAACUUCAUCAAUCAUUGUUGGCAUAUUAUUUGGAUUUACCUACUACUACUAGACAGUUGUAUGUUGAAAAUUUCUGAUUAGACAGUUGAUGGCCAAUUGUUUUUUUAUUCAUGCCUUAUUAGCAAUUAGUCUGAUUUUCAAACUUGGUGAAAUAAGAACUGUCAUUGUACAUACUUGAGCUGGUAACUGUGCACAAGAUCAAUGGCUUUAAGCUACCCAUGUCAGUUUUUUAAGAACUGAUGUUGUUUUUGACUUUCUUGCUCUAUAAAUUUCUUGCUUGCAAAUUUUACUAUCUUUUAAAAUCCAAGGGCUGUGGGCAUGUUAGUCUCAGACAUAAUUAUUAAGCUCUAUAUUAAAGAUUAAUACUUAAUUAUAUAAAAAGUUAGUAAACCUUUAAUUUUUUAAAUUAAAUAACUAUGCAUUUUUAUAAUCAAUAACAUUUAUUUAAGUCAACCAGUACAUUUAGAAAAAAAUUGUGUCUAAAUAUUUGUAUGCCUAAAUAAAUCUAACCUCACAGGUCAUAUUUUUUUACUUUGAAAGAUACUUUAAGGAAAUCAAGAAUCCUUGAAAAUUCUGUUUUUUAAAUCUCCUGUUGUGUACCUAAUUCUAACAGUUUUAUAAUUUAUUGAAUUAACUUGUAGAUGUUUAGUAAAGCAGUUAACUUUGGCGCUGUAUAAAUUAAUAUGUAAAAUAUGUAUGUUCAAUGCUACUGAACUUGUGUACAAACCAUUUUGAUGUCAUCUUUACAUCCUCAGUGUUGAACAUUUAAUUAAAACAAUUUUUACUUGACAAGUAUUUUAUUUUUUGCUUUAUAAUAUUUAGCAAGAAAAGUACAACACCAUAUAUCUAGAAGCAUUUUAGUGUUUGGCCUGAAAUUCGUCUAUUUAUACAUUUUCUACAUGUAUUUUAAAGCUGAGUGAUGCGGUAAAUAGUAUCAGUAUUUAUGCUACAAUGAUAUUUAUCAUAUGAAAUGUAGUUUACAAGUAUAUUAAUUAUUAAAAGAUAGAUAUUAAAAUUCCUUUAGCUAGCUUUAGAUCUACCUCUUGAUACCUGGAAUGCAUG